AUGAGCGCGGCGCCACCUCGGAUAAGAUGAUCGGGAGCCGGGAGCAACGGAGUGGCGAGGUAUUCGAGAGUGUGAUUACGACCGCGGUACGGAAGAACGGUGCUUUCCACGCGAGAGUUCGACGUACCCAACAAAAAUGGAGAUCGAAGUCCUGUCGGCGAAAUCCUCGAAGCCGAUAGCCAACGUAAACGUAACCCCGAACACCACAAUUGGGGAGGUGAAGCAGCAAUUGUAUAAAUUGAAAAAGGCACCAUAUGUCGCAAGGCAGAGCCUGAAGUCAGAGGCUAAGGGGAAGUCAUUGGCUGACUCUGAGACGAUUAAAUCUCUAUCACUGAAGACAGGUGGAAAGUUGUAUUACAAGGAUCUCGGUCCUCAGAUCGGUUGGAAGACUGUGUUCCUGAUAGAGUAUGCGGGACCUCUAGUGGUGUACCUCUGGCUAUACCAGCGUCCCUGGGUGUUUUAUGGAAACGUGGACACUAAUUUCCACUAUGUAGCUAAUUGGGCGGCAGUUGCCUGGACUGUGCAUUAUGCGAAACGUCUCUUGGAAACAGUGUUCGUCCACCGUUUCAGCCACGCGACGAUGCCGUUACGUAACUUAUUUAAAAAUUGCUCCUACUACUGGCUAUUUGCCAUGUACGUGGCAUAUCACACGAACCAUCCGCUGUACACGGCUCCAUGUGCGCUUCAAGUUUACAUUGGCGCCGCGACAUUCGCGCUGUGCGAAUUGGGCAAUUUGAGCAUUCAUUUAGCUCUGAGGAAUCUGAGACCACCGGGUACCACGAUGAGGAAGGUCCCGAUGCCAACCGGCAAUCCUUUCACCGUGCUCUUCAAUCUCGUCUCCUGUCCCAAUUACACGUAUGAAAUAGGCAGCUGGCUCGCUUUCACCGUAAUGACGUCGUGUCUUCCAGCUGGUCUGUUUACGCUCGCCGGCGCUUACCAAAUGACCGUGUGGGCACUGGGCAAGCACAGGGCGUAUAAGAAGGAGUUCUCACAUUAUCCGAAAAAUCGUAAAGCUAUCAUUCCAUUCAUUCUUUAAAUUAUUUAUUUACAAACUAACAUAAUAUUACAAUAUUAUAUUAAUUUUGUUUUGUUGCUCUUAUUUUUAAAAGAAAUGUUAAGAUUAAUUAAUGGAUAUAUUUAGGCAGUUAGGUCGCAAGCGACGAACAGCAAUGUCACAAUAAUGAAAUUCGUAAAAUAACAAAAGAUACACGCAUUUGAAUUUUUUAUUUUUAUACUAAUAUUAGGAUGGGGUUUUUUUGCUUAUGUUAAAAUAUAUUAUGAGUAUAGCGCUGUAAUGUAUUGCGCUCUUAUACCUUUGAAUAAACAAAUAUAUACAUACAUAUAUAAUUACAGUAUAGAAAGAACAUAAGUAUACACAAAAUUAUUUUUACUAUGUGUAAAAAAAUAUGCUGAAAUAUUAAUUUAUCA